AUGCCAGAGUCAUGUAGCGCAGCAGAGCUUGUCAAACUUAACUACUCACUAAACUUAAUUCAAAUGUUUGAUUCAGAUGCCAUGCUUCUGCUGUGGAGUGUGAUUCUUGUCCUCUCAGUGCAACACUUGGCAAAGAAGAAGACCAACAUAGGACUUUAUGACUCUGUGGAGAAACCCCUCAAGAUAUUUCAGUCAGCAGCCAUUCUAGAGGUAUUUCACUGUGCUGUAGGUCUAGUGCCUUCUUCAGUUGUUUUAACAGCAUUUCAAGUAGCUUCAAGACUCUUUUUAACCUGGGCGAUUAUGCAUAGUGUACCUCAAGUUCAAGACAAUCCUGGUGUAGCUGCAUUUGUGUUAGCUUGGUCCAUUACAGAAGUCACCCGUUACUCUUUCUAUGCAUUUUCCCUGCUUGACAGACUGCCAUACAUUAUUCAGUGGUGCAGGUAACUAGCUGACCAGCUUCUGUGAUUGUAGUCUUUCGGGAUGUGUAAUAUUAUGUGGAGUAGUUCUAACCAAAUUUUGAUGUGUCCACACCUAGUACAUAAAUAUAUUGUCAUCUGUAGAACCCAAUCAAACUUUGGAUUAUGUUCAAACCUUCAUAUGACCCAGGGGCUAGAUCAGGGUUCCAGAUAAGUUUCAACAAGAAAAUUUGAAUGGUUCAUUUCCCUGUGCUCCCACCAAAUCAUUAUAAAUUUUCUAUUAAUUUGGCGGGUCAUGAAGGUGACCUUGUAGGGUUUUUGACCUGAGACCCCACACUUAUCUGGAACACUGCUCGACAGAAUUUUAGAAAUGGCAGUUAAAUGUCAUCGCUUCUGCAUGCAUUGUGUGCCAUUUAUUGUAAUUGCAGGAAGUUGUUUUUUAAAUAAUUAUUUUCUGCACACUCUUGAGGGACUGCUUGUUUGGGUUGUUUCAUCUUGGGGCGUUUUGACCCAUUUAACUGAGCUGUGAUAACAUGAUGACGAUAUGGGCAAAAAAAUAUAAUAAACAUUUUGAUAAUUUAAAUACAUAUUAAGUGAUUUCCCUUUUUGUAGCAGAGUUUUCAAAAAGAGGAACAUUUUCUUUUCUUCUUUGUGAUUCUAUUGAGUUACAAAAACUCUUGUGAAAGUUUGAGAAAACUCGAAAAAGCUGUGACAACACUCUCCUGCUACUCGUGCUACUUGCGUUUCUCGUUCUCACAAACUUCCACUCGUGUUUCUACAACUGAAUGGAAGCGCAGAAAUGUUUUCUAUUUUAUAAUUAUAGAAAUUAUAGCUGGGUCUAUCAGUUCUAACUUUGCAGUUAG